CUGUAUUCAAAAACUUUACAAGAAUAUUUUUGAAGAAUAGUGAAAGUACCUGCAAUGGAUAACUUUUUUGUAUUUUUGGCGGUCUUGAGUGCGGUGAGGUCGUCCCCCGUGAUUGAACCAGAGCCAAUUCGCUGUGCGCCGUGCUCCCAGGAGAAGCUGAGCCACUGCCCGCCGGUGCCAGCCGGGUGCGGACAGGUGCUGAGGGAGGCUGGGUGCGGCUGCUGUAUGGCCUGUGCUCUGGAGAGGGGGGCGUCCUGCGGGGUCCACACGGCCCACUGUGGAGACGGGCUGCGCUGUACCCCCAGACCGGGAGAGGCCAGACCCCUGCACGCACUCACCAGGGGACAGGGGGUCUGCACACAGGACCUGGAGCAAGAACAAACAGAUACGGUUGACCAUGAGUCUCUGCAGUACCGGCUGGGUCUGAACCUCCCUCUGGACCAGCCGGACACCGUGGAGGGCCAGGAGAGUAUCAAGGCCAAGGUCAACGCCAUCCGGAACAAGCUGCAGCAGCAGGGCCCGUGUCACACUGAGCUGCACAGUGCGCUGGACACGAUCGCAAACUCCCAGCAGACAUUAGGGGAGAAGUUCACGACUUUUUACCUGCCCAACUGCGACAAACAUGGGUUCUACAAGGCCAAGCAGUGCGAGUCUUCUCUGGUUGGCCCCCCGGCACGCUGCUGGUGCGUCUCCUCCUGGAAUGGGAAGAGGAUCCCGGGUUCGUCUGACCUCCUCGGAGACUCGGACUGCCAACAGGAAAUCACUGUUCUUUAGAUCAACGCUGAUGAACCCAAUCACCCACACAUUCCCUUUAUGAUUUUAUGCACAUGAUGUAUGCUUCCAGCUUUAUUUAUUCACUUCAGCCAUUUGUCAUUUUUAGAUUUGUUUUAUAUGUUUGUCUAUUUUUUAACAUUGUAAAUAGGGCGACACUGUAUACAUUUGUGUUUUCGUCUAAAUAACUCCAUCGCUCAAAACCGCAGGUCCGUGCCUCUUGCCAAGCCUAGUUCAGAAUGUCCAGGAUGCGUUUUUUUUUCUUUUUUCACAUGUAUUCAUUCAUUCACGAAACAACACAGCUGCUCAUUCAUUCAAUCUGUUGACAUUGUCUGAAUGUAUCUCCAUUGGCGUUUCCUCAAUGGCUACGGGGGAAAUAGUUAAAGCGCCGCAGGUAUGUGUACAGUGGCCCAGCACAAACAUAUCAGGGCUCAUCCAGGCCGCGCUGAGGUCUGCCACGGGCUGCAUUUGUCUACCUCCACUCACCUCUGCUCCUCCAGUCUGCAGCAGCUCACACAUCAUGCCUUAUAUGUGAUUUUACUACUGCUAUCGAAUAUUUAUCAUUCAAGUGUUAUGUGUAUCGUGAUUUG